AUGAGCGACUCUGCGGGUCCCGGCAACGCCAGCUGGGCGGGGGGCGGCCCCGAGGCGGUGAUCGUGCCCACCCUCUUCGCCCUCAUCUUCGUGGUGGGCACGGUGGGCAACGCGCUGGUGCUGGCCGUGCUGCUGCGCGGCGGCCAGCUGGCCAGCACCACCAACCUCUUCAUCUUCAACCUGGGCCUGGCCGACCUGGGCUUCAUCGUCUGCUGCGUGCCCUUCCAGGCCACCGUGUACACGCUGGACGGCUGGGUGUUCGGCUCCCUCGUCUGCAAGGCCGUGCACUUCCUCAUCUUCCUCACCAUGUACGCCAGCAGCUUCACGCUGGCCACCGUCUCCCUGGACCGGUACCUGGCCAUCCGCUACCCGCUGCACUCGCGAGAGCUGCGGACGCCACGCAACGCGUUGGCCGCCAUCGGGCUCAUCUGGGGGCUGGCGCUGGCCUUCUCGGGGCCCUACCUGGGCUACUACCGCCAGACCCGGCUGGCCAACCUGACCGUGUGCCACCCGGGCUGGAGCGCCCCGCACCGCCGCGCCCUGGACCUGUGCACCUUCGUCUUCAGCUACCUGCUGCCGGUGCUCGUGCUGGGCGGCGCCUACGCGUGCACGCUGCGCUACCUGUGGCGCGCUGUGGACCCUGUGGCCGGGCUGUCCGAGGCCAAGCGCGCCAAGCGCAAGGUGACGCGCAUGAUCGUCAUCGUGGCCACGCUCUUCUGCCUGUGCUGGCUGCCCCACCACGCGCUGCUCCUCUCCGUCUGGUUCGGCCACUUCCCGCUGACCCGCGCCACCUACAUCCUGCGCAUCCUCUCCCACCUGGUCUCCUAUGCCAACUCCUGCGUCAACCCCAUCGUCUACGCCCUCGUCUCCAAGCACUUCCGCAAGGGCUUCCGCAGGAUCUGCGUGGGCCUGCUCCCCGGCCGCCGCCGCCACCCCCGCUCCCCGCCCCGCACCCCAGGCCCUGCGCGGGCUGCCCCGUUGGCCACCCCCAGCGCCAGCCCGGAGCGGGACUCCUCCUCCGUCACCCACGUCAGCGAGGCCCCUUUCCCCGCUGCCACGCUGGUCCCGGUGCCCGACCAGCCCUGCGGGGAAGCGCCUGCUCCCGCCACUGUCCUUCCCUUCAAUGUGACCUGA